AUGAUAAACUCACAAAAUUCUCAUCAUCAACAACACAACAAGAAUCUUCCUUCAUCCUCUUCUUUAAAAUUUCCAAUUCAACUACCGAGUAGUUAUACAACAGCACCCGAAUGGGCUGUAGGAUUAGAGGAAAAACCAAAAUAUUCCUAUCAUUUACAAGUGAUCAAGGAAGGCGAAUUACAACCCGAAACAAUCGACAUUUCAAAACAAGGCUUUUAUGUGUUUGGUAAACAAGAAGAUUUAAGUCAUAUUGUCUGUGAGAAUAUUACAAUAUCUAGACAGCAUUGUAUUAUUCAACAUGCAAAGAACGGAAGAGUUUAUUUAUAUGAUUUAGCGAGUGCUAAUGGAACAUUUUGGAAUAACAAAAAACAUCAAUGUAAAGCUCGGAAAUAUAUUCCUCUGUGGCUUGGAAAUUCAUUCAUGAUAGCAAUGAGUACACGAUCAUAUGUAUUAAGUGUUGGAGAGGAAGAUGAGGAAGCAGUAAGAAAAUUGGAAGAUGAAUUGAAGAGAAAGAAAACAUCAUUGGAAUUGGAGGAAAUUAAAAAGAAAAAAGCAGAAAAGAGAAAGAAAAGCUAUGAUAGUGAUGGUGAAGAAAUUGUGGAAGAUAAAAUACCAGAAGAUUAUGAUGCCAAUGAAGACAAUAGAAAUAAGAGACUGAGAAUUGAAGAUCAAUUGACAAGUGAAAUGUAUGAAUUUGAUGAUAGAGAAUUUUAUAAUUCAUCUAAAAAGACAGAAGAUAAUACCAUUUCAAUAAUUGAUACUAAACCUACUGAUAUGCAGGGAUUAUUGGAUAAACAAGAACAAAUCAAGCUUCAAUUGGUUGGUUUAAGAAAAGAAUUAGAUAAGGAAAUUGAAAUGUUAGAACAACAGAAGAAUUCUUCAGUUGAAGAUGAAGAGGAAGAUGAACUAGAAAAAUACAUGGCUACUAUCAAGACCAGUCUCAUUACACAAAAUACUGAGAAGAAGAAUAAGAUUGAAGAAGAAAUUAAGAAACUGGAGGAUGAAUUGGUUCAGGUUCAAGAUCUCAUUUCUAAAACAAAACCUGUGGCAGACAAGAAGCAAAAUAAGAAACAAGCACAAGAUGCUGAAAUAAUGAGAGAUCGUCUCACUAGGGAUAUGUUUAUUCAACAACAAAAACCUGCCAUGAAUAGUUCAGAGUAA